CAAAACUUUUAGAACUUUAUUUAUUGGACAAAUUGGAUAGAGAGCUGUUUCAUGCAGAGAAGGAUCUCAAUGAUCCACAAAGAACAUCUGGUGAAUCAUUAAAUACAUUACAUGAUAAUCAUUAUGCUAAUCAAAGUCCUCUGAACAUGCAAUGGAUGUCAACAUGUGGAAUUGGGCAAAUUACAAGGUUGAGAAUCUUUGAUAUUGUCACUCAAUUUAGCUUUCGUGCAAGAUAUAUUCCUCUUGAUACAAAUGCACUUUACAAAAUCUUAAAAUCAAUUGGUCAUCAUCUUGUAAGAGGAAUAAAUGAAACACAAUUUGGGGAUAAUGCCAAUUAUUAUUGGAGUCAGAUAUUUGAUAUCAACAAGUAUAGGAAUAGAUUCAGAUUUUUGUUGAGACUGACUUGGCUGGUAAUUGGUCUUGAUCUUGGGAGGAAAGAUUUAUUUGUUGCUGUUGACAAUAAAGAAAGAGUUGCUCAUUGUGGGACAAAGGAGUACAGAGAUAUGGCUAGAUUUGUGCAAAAUAUGAAGAAAAUAAAAAGAUAG